CUUAAUGUCUUUAAUUUUUUGUAAAGCACUUUGAAUUGCCUUGUGUUGAAAAGUGCUAUAUAAAUAAACUUGCCUUGCCUUGCCUUAUGAGUCUCACAAGAAAUGUCCCAAAGACUACAAAAUGGUGAGUAAACAACUAAAUUGCAUUCCAACAAUCUGGAUAUGACUUUAAAUGAUGUAAAUUAUUUUUCAGAUAACAGUUUAGCAGCUGCACUUAUGCAGCAAGCAAGGGCUGCAACAAAUGCACAAGUCCCUUUAGAUCUGUCUUCAGAUGCUAGGCCUGCUCCUGAAAGCCCUGCUCCUGAAAGGCCUGCUCCUGAAAGGCCUGCUCCUGAAAGGCCUGCUACUGAAAGGCCUGCUCCUGAAAGCCCUGCUCCUAAAAGGCCUGCUCCUGAAAGGCCUGCUCCUGAAAGGCCUGCUACUGAAAGGCCUGCUCCUGAAAGGCCUGCUCCUGAAAGGCCUGCUACUGAAAGGCCUGCUCCUGAAAGCCCUGCUCCUAAAAGGCCUGCUCCUGAAAGCCCUGCUCCUGAAAGGCCUGCUCCUGAAAGGCCUGCUCCUGAAAGGCCUGCUCCUGAAAGGCCUGCUCCAUCCCAAGCUGGCACUCCUCACCUGGCAUCCCCCUCCAGCCGGUCAGAACACCUUGAGACAACACAAGAUUUCACAUACAACACCAUAUUGCUGCUUUUGGACCUGACAAAAACACACCAACACGUGUACUAUCGCUCUAAACCCGGUUUUUAUAAAAUUUUACAACGGCAGUUCAGCAAGGAGGGAUACAGUUUCUCCUCAGACAAAAUCCGAAAUUUGAACAACCUUUUGACCACAUACAAAAGGGCCAAGGACCGUUGUACCUCAACAGGAGAGGGGAACAUAACGUGGGAAUAUUAUGGGAUAAUGGACAACCUGUUUGGGAGGUGCGGUGUUGGGAGCGCACCACCAGGUACUCUUGUUUCUACCCCUCUAUUUCCCACUGCCUCACAACCACCCACCACACUGCCGUGUGCCUCUGAGGGCCAGCCUGGUCCCUCCAUGACCCUGCCCACCACUCAGCCGAGAUCAAUCCGGUCUCGAGUCUCCCAUCCCUCCUUCUACGACCUGUAUGAGGCCCACUCGGAGAGGAGGACCAGUGCACUGGAGACACUGGUGCGGCCAGAACAGGAGCGCCGGAGAAGGCUGAAGGAGAGAAAACGGAGGAGGUUCGAAGCUAAAAUGUUGACUGCGAUGGGAGAAGUUGUUUCCCAAUUAAAGUGCAUUGGGAGCCAACAAGAGCGCAUCAUUGAGCUAUUGCAGGACAAGCCCAAUAUGCCAUAAUUUCCCCCACACUGGGUAUUCCCAGAAUGAAUGAAUUUGUUUAUAAAUAACACCACCUCAGUUUGUUAUGGAAGUAAUAUUGUUUAGAUUACUUAUUUAUUUUCCUCGUUAUGCAGUUGAAUUAUUAUUUCAGCCCUGGCAAUUGCCUUGUAAUAUUUGUAUUUGUAUACACUAAGUGUUCACAAUGUUUAUAUGCAAUGAUUAUUAUUUAUUUGCCAAGUACAUGUGUACAUAUGUAUAUAUAGUUAUUUCAUUUUCAAAGAAGAUAGUCAACUGCUAUUGACAUGUGCAGAAAAUGACCAUAUCUAGUUUUCAUAUAUAUGCAUUUAUUUUUUACUUGCCCAAUCAUUUUGGUUGACAUUACAU